GUUGGCGUUUCUUAAAGAUAUUGGUGUAACAGCAACUUGGAUUUCCCCCAUAUAUGAUUCACCGAUGGCUGAUAUGGGCUAGGACGUGUCGAAUUACACGAAAAUUUAUCCAGUCUUCGGCACAAUGGAGGAUUUCGAUGCUUUGUUGGCUAAGGCGCAUGAAUUGGAUUUGAAACUAAUUUUAGACUUUGUGCCAAAUCAUUCGAGUGACGAAUGUGAAUGGUUCCAGAAGUCGAUACUUCGUGAAGAUGGCUACGAUGAUUGGUAUGUGUGGGAUGAUGGCAAAAUUGACCCAGAGACGGGCGAGCGUUCACCACCCAGCAACUGGGUGUCGAUUUUCGGUGGUUCUGCGUGGACCUGGGUUGAUGAACGCCAACAGUACUAUCUGCACCAGUUUCUCGCGAAACAGCCUGAUUUCAAUUUCACUAAUCCCGCGGUGCGUGAGCGUAUGAAGGAUGUGAUGAAAUUUUGGCUCGAUCGUGGUGUAGACGGUUUUCGCAUGGAUGCCACGAACUUUUUAGUUGAAAAACGUUUCGAAAAUGGCACAUUUCCAGACGAACCAGAGAGCGGUAUACCGAAUGACCCAAAUGGUAAUACAAAAUUUCCCAACCGCAUAUACACCAUAGAUCUAUGGGAAGAUACUGAAAUUAUAUACGAGUGGCGCGAAUUUCUAGACGAAUAUCAAAAACUUAAUGGUGGAGAUACACGAGUUAUGAUAAUCGAAGCAUAUUCCAAUGUCACCGUUUUGAGCGGUUACAUUUCUAAUGGCACCAAUGUCGGUGGUCAAAUGCCAAUGAAUUUUAAUUUCGUGAGUCUGAACGAAAACUCCACUGCGGAGACCGUUGAAACACAAGUUAACGCGUGGAUGGAUGUCAUAUGGGCCAAACACAAAAUGGCCAAUUGGGUGGCAAACAAUCAUGACAACAGUCGCUUACCAACACGUAUGGGUGAGAGCAAAGUAGAUGCCAUGACUAUGAUAAUACAUGGACUACCCGGUACAUCGGUUACUUAUUACGGCGAAGAGAUCGGGAUGCCUGAUUACGCCGCCGCAUGCUCCGGAGACCCUUGCAACUUUCGAGAUCCAGAGCGCACACCGAUGCAGUGGAAUGGAUCGAAAAACGCCGGCUUCAGCACAGGCAACUCAACUUGGUUGCCCGUCAAUCCCAAUUACCCACUCUUAAAUGUACAAGUUCAACGAGGAGUGGCGCGUAGCAGCUUGCAGAUAUUCAAGGGCAUGACGGCGCUGAAGAAAACGGAUGCUUUUAAGGCUUUCAAGGAGGAAGGCGGCUUCUCUUAUAGCGCUCUGUCAGAGCAGGUUUUCCAGAUUAUAAGAACCGCGGUCGAUCGUGAGGAAUAUCGUGUGCUUGCCAAUUUAGGCAACCAAAUAGAAUAUUUUGAUGGUUUGACUAACAAAACAAUGGAGUACGUUUUGCUUAACUCUUAUUCACCACACAGAUACGGUGACAAGCUUGAUUUAAGUGGAAGAAUUUAUUUAAUGCCAUAUGAGGCAGUCAUCUUACGCUGGUCGGCAUGAGAGUUCUGGAUAAAAAAUAUAUAUAAUAUUAGGAGGUUAUACUAGCAAUAUGUAUAAGAGAUUAAGAGACAAUUAAAUUCUUAGCUUUGUAAACAGAAAAGAUGUGCGUGAUGACGAAGCACAUAAAAAUCACAAUUACACUUCGAACAGGCGCCGGAAUCUAAGAACUUGCAACGUAGGAAAGGUUCCCAAAUCGCAAAUGUCAUUAAUUGAGACAAAACCGAAAAAAUCAAAAAAUGUAUAACAUUAUGAUUAAAUACUAACAUACAAUUUUCUAAUAAAAUGGGUUUGCUUAUUAUUUUUCAUUUGUCUAC